AUGACGGGCACAAAGGCUGGUGGCUCUCACAGCCAUAACCUUACUGUUGUCAAGGACAACGACGACGCUUCUUCAAUCACAGCGGUGACAAUCGAAUCGGACUCUGAUGCUAGCAGCACCAUUACCCUGGUCGAUCUUUUUCCCGACCUUGCCAUCUUAGACAGCGACGCUGCCGGCGACACCUCUGCUGAGUCCACUGACGCUACGAGCUCUCAGGUCAGCAGCACCGGUGAUGAGCAAUCCACAAACGCAGACAACGAGGCCUGCGCCAAGAAGUCAGGCGACGCCAAUUCCAGCAAGCAGAAGGGAAAAGCUGUCGAAGUUGAGAGCGAAUCCGCAGAGACAUCAGCUGCAGAGAGUACCAGUGGAAACGAAUCGACAUCUGAAGCGGCAUCAUCUGAGGCAGGCACCGAAGAGGCAGCUGCAGCUGAUUCCACAACCUCUGGCGAGGCUUCCUCCAGCGAAGUGGCUUCUACGGAUGGAGCAUCAGAUGCCUCAACCAGCGCAAAGCCAUCAACCCCAGGCAACUGGACAGACUCGGAGGAUGCCUUGAUCAUAAGCAUGAAGGAGGGCGGCGAGACCUGGGCAGCCAUUGGAAAUGCCAUGAACCGAGGGAAGAACGAGGUCAAGAAGCGCUGGCACGUGGUGAAGGCCAACCGGGCCAAUUCGACCGAGUCUGGAGGCGAUACUCAGACCGACAAGAGCGCAGAGUCAACCGAGGAGAAGGAGCCUGGGCCUACGGCGGAGGCGAAGCAGAGUAAGGGAAAGGAGCUGCAGAAUGUCGAAAGCACCAAGCCGAAGAACGCCAAAGAUGAUGCGACAGGCUGCAAGAAGAAGGGCAAGGAGCAGAAGGUUGCUUGCGACAAGGAGAAAAUCAAGGAGCCCAAACAGAAGAAGCAGAAGAAGAAGCCCGUCGUAAAGGAGCCGGUUGCAGAGAAAUCCGAGUCUGAAGAUGACGACGCAGAGAGCUCGUCCUAUCGCGAGCGCAUGAAUCUACUCCGAGACACGUCGUCUGAGUCCGAGUCGCCUGCUACCAGCGGCGAUGACGCAGAUGCGCCCGGCUACUACGAGCGGGAGGUUGCUCGCCAGGAGCGAUAUAUUCGUCGACACGUCCACCCUCAACUCUACCCUGUUCCGCCUGCCGCCCGCGCGCCAAGCCCAGCAGACAAAAGGCAGCGGCGGGACGAUGCCAUCCUCGCGGCCGUGGCUUCGAGACGAGAGGCUACGAAGUGGCUGGAGAUGCAGGCCAAUUUCUUCAACGUCACUGGCCGUAUGGUUCCCCUCCACCUGAUCAAGGCGAGAUGUGAGGCCGAGGAGGAUCGAGGCAAGGCGGCUGGCGUCCGCACUUGGGCUUCUUCUGUCGCAGGAAGCCAGGACUUGCUCGAUCCUGAGGAGCAGCCUGAGGUCCCCGAGGAUGCUCUCCUGAGCGAUGACGAUUGA